CAAAGAUACUGUACAAGGAAGUAAAAGUCAUUGAGUAAAAUCAUACGGAAUGCUUUUGAUUUAGUUAGCUAUGUCUUUGCAACUUUAGAAUAGUUACCGUAAUAACACAGACAACAAUUAUGGUAUUAUGGACAACAACAUUGGUAUGAAGGGGCAAUGGUAGAAUACAGUUGUUGUGAGCCAGCCUGGGUCAAUGGACUCGAGGACUUGAACCAAAGACAGUACAGUAUGGUUUAGAAACUGUUUGAACUGUGUGGCUAACGUUAGCUACUAACAGACCGCUGAACUAAUUAGCUACUCAAGCCAGCUAAGCUAACGUUAGCUAGCUUGCGCUACAACUCACACUUGAAGAAUUACGGCUCAAGUUCAACAACUUUUGUAUAACCUAGCUAGCUUUCUUCCGGUGCUACCAGACCAGAGUGACCCUGCUGUCCCCAACAUGGCGUCGUCCAGGCUGAAAUAUCUGUCCCUGGGGGUGCUGGUGUUUCAGACCACCUCUCUGGUGCUGACCAUGCGCUACUCCCGCACGCUGCAAGGGGACGGCCCCCGCUACCUGGCCUCCUCUGCUGUGGUGGUGGCUGAGCUCAUGAAGAUCAUCACCUGUGUGCUGCUCAUAUUCAAAGAGCAAAGCUACAGUGUUCGGGCUCUGAACAGUAUUCUGAGGCAGGAGAUCACUCACAAGCCUAUAGAGACCCUGAAGCUGGCCAUUCCUUCUGGGAUCUACACCCUGCAGAACAAUCUGCUCUAUGUGGCUCUGUCCAACCUGGAUGCUGCCACCUACCAGGUGACGUACCAGCUGAAGAUCCUCACCACAGCCAUGUUCUCAGUGUCCAUGCUGGGCCGGAGGCUGGGUGUGUACCAGUGGCUCUCCCUGCUCAUCCUCAUGGCUGGGGUCGCACUUGUGCAGUGGCCCUCUGAGUCUCCCGGGGCCCCUGAGAAGGAGCAGUUGUCUGAAGGGUCCCAGUUUGUGGGUGUGGUGGCGGUGCUGGUGGCCUGCUGCUCUAGUGGCUUCGCUGGUGUUUAUUUUGAGAAGAUCCUCAAAGAGACCAAACAGAGCGUCUGGGUCCGCAACAUCCAACUGGGAAUGUUUGGCCUGGUGUUUGGUCUGAUGGGGAUGUUUGCGUACGAUGGGGAGAGAGUCCGAGAAUCUGGGAUGUUCCAGGGAUACAACACAAUCACCUGGACAGUGGUGGCUCUGCAGGCACUAGGAGGGCUGGUUAUAGCAGCUGUCAUCAAGUAUGCAGACAACAUCCUGAAGGGCUUUGCCACAUCACUCUCCAUCAUCCUGUCAACCCUCAUAUCCUACUUCUGGCUGCAGGACUUCGACCCCACUAGUGUGUUCUUCCUUGGUGCAGUACUGGUCAUUGUGGCCACCUUCCUGUAUGGCUACGAGGACAAGCCAUCCUCCAACCCCAGCCGUGCCUAGGGGACAUCACAGAGGACCGAAAGGGAGGUCAGGUAAGAGAAAAGAAGAGGAGAUGAAAAGAGAAGAGUCAAGCAGAGGAGAAAGGAGAAGAAAACAGAUACGAGGAGGAGUGAAGGACACUAGACUAGAGGCAUUGAUGACAUGGGCCUCAGACACUGUGGCUGCGUUUUCACAAGCAGACCAAUUCUGAUAUUUUUCCACUAAUUGGUCUUUUGACCAAUCACAUCAGAUCUUUUCCAGAGCUGAUCUGAUUGGUUAAAAGACCAAUUAGUGAAAAAAAGAUCAGAAUUGGGCUGCCUGUGAAAACGCAGCCAUAUGUAAAUGCCAGUCCGCUGCCUGUGUAAACGCAGCCCAAGAAGUUCCUUGACUGUGAAGUGUGAUCAGGAAGUGGCCACCACAGAGAAAUAGACCCAUGAGUCAUGACCAAGCUCAGCAGUGUACUGGACACAACUGUUAGGCAGGUUACUGCACUGGGUCAAAACUGAUUGGGUAGGGUCCCCUGUCUUUAUGUUACUGUCAUCAUCUCAGUAAUGAAGAUGAUGGAUAAAAUAAAGACACAGACAGGGACGUUUUCUGACUGGUGCAUUUCCCUAAAGGCCAUAAUGUUCACUCAUGACUUGUGACAAUAGUCUGGAUGUGUUGGACUCUAUGUUGCUGUCUCACUGCUGUAGACCUCUGUUUGUACUUUUCCACGCAUUGUAGUAACGUGAUUUGUCUGUUAUUUGGGGAAGUGGGGAAGUUUGACUUUGUUACUGUAUUUACCAAUCAUUAGGAACACAAGUCCAUAAAGGAAAUGUUUUCUAUGUCAAAGACGAGUGUGUCAUUUAAUAUCACGAGUCUGUUAUAUGACUCACAAUGUUACAACAACAGUCUGCCCUGUAGAAGUUCUACAAGUGCUCUGAGCCAUGAUGCAAACACACAGUCACACUCAUGCACUCCCUGUUGUUUCUGCCACUAAUACAUUUUCUGAGCGAGUGCAUAUUGUGAACGAGACCCCCCUGAAACACAUACACUCAUGAACUGGCAAUGUGCAACUGAGGGGGGAAACGAUUACAUUUGCAGAGGGAUUUAAAUGGAUUCUUUAAAAAAAAAAAACAUUUUACUUUAAUAAUUUUAUUGAAUUAAAAACACUGCAUGCAAAAGCUCCCACCCAUCCAUUCUGAAACCCUGUAAAGUACCACCAUACGCUGUCCCACUGUACAUACAGUGCUGUACAUCCUCCAGUCCGAGUCAUUCUGCUCUCAGGCAUGUCUGUUACUGUGAGUGACUGGCUCUCAAUGGACGUUUGUCACCAUACACGGUAUGUGAUAUGACCUCCAAUAUAAACAAAUGGUUUGGAAUAUCCCACUCGUCCCUCUUAUGAUAAUGGCUUGGGUGUAGUCACAGAGGGGAUGUGUGCAUAAGUGUGUGUGUGUGUGCAUGUGUGUUUAGUCACAGAGGGGAUGUGUUUGUCAGUGUAAAGGCUAGUAUGGUUUGCACCUCAGUAAUGAGCAGCAUGAGGAGUUCAUAUUGGUUGCGUCCCCUGCUCAGACGUUGCAUGCAUCAAGCAAUGGUUGCGUGCCACGUCAUCGACUGACAGAUUGCUAUAACGUAGAGCGUAUUCCUCUGCCCAGGCGUUGCUGAUGCUUGCCAGGUCUUACAAAGCCUGGACAGCUAUUUUACGUAUCAGCUAACCAUAUCAUAUGUAUAGCAAUCUUUCAGUCGAUGACACCGUUGAUGUGAGCAGGGAAACGCAACCAUAAUGCUGUGGUUAGCUGAAACUUCAAAUAUCCACGCGUUGUAAGAUCUAGCAUGCGUCAGCAAUGCCUGGGCAGAGGUACGCGGCCAUUGUUACAUUCUCAGUCUCUGCAUCUACUACCUGGCCUAGCCCACUCAGUCUCCUCUUCAUCUACUACCUGGCCUGGCCCACUCAGUCUCCUCUUCAUCUACUACCUGGCCUGGCCCACAGUCUCCUCUUCAUCUACUACCUGGCCUGGCCCACUCAGUCUCCUCUUCAUCUACUACCUGGCCUGGCCCACAGUCUCCUCUUCAUCUGAAGAGUUUAUUUCCAAAACACUAUAUCCACCCAUUUUUCACGUGUUUGUUCAACAGGAAUGAUUGCUUAUUGCUACCUUCAUGUGUGUGUAAAAUAUUAAUUUUCUCAUAUUUUUUAUUAAUAGAUUUUUAGAUAAAUGGGUUUUGUUGCAAAAUGCUAUAUAUCCAUUGUUUAGCUGGAAUAGAAUGUUUCUAUCCUGUAUAUUUGACUGUGAUUUGUGGUUGUCUCAUCUAGCCACCUUAAGAUAAAUGGACUAACUGUAAGUCUCUGGAUAAGACAUCUGCUAAAUGACUCAAAUGUAAAUGUUUUAUAUACAGAUCUCAUAUUACUGUGUUUAAUUAUUUUUGUAAAAUAAAAUUUAUAAUGAUGUCACAAAUGAA